CGUGCUAACUACUCUUGAGACUUUUUAAACCUCACGCUUCGCUCCAUCUCUUCUAUCCCACACGUCGCCAUAUCCUCCAACUCACGCGUAUUCUAAUAGUAUUGAUACUAUAAGGGGAAAUUUGCAAACUAUCCAGAACGGGAGUGCAUUCCGUCGCCAUCUGCCCAUUUUCUUCGUUGCACUGAACCAGACCAGGAUGAACACGGGGUCUGGGCAAGGUCCUGUCACGGAUCCCUAUCUAGGUAUACCGAUGCAGGGCAUGUCUUUCGACUUGCCGCCCAAUCUUUUCGGGCCCAACAUGGGACAACCUGAAGCGAUGGGAAGCAACAUGUUUCAACUCGCAUCUGACACCAACACAGUUGACUUGCCUGUUCAGAACGAACAAUCUUCCCAACUGCCUUCUCCCGACUCCAUGCAGCAACAGAUGCAUUCACGUGCGGCACUGGAAAAUUGGAAUCCAACACAAGCCUCAGGCUACCAGCAACCACCACCUUUGAAUCCCAACCCGAGAUCGGCCUACGCGAUGAAUCAACUGAACCCCCCGCCGUACAAUCUCAUGGGCUGGGUAUACCCUCCACUAGUACAGCCAACCCCGAACGUAAACCCCACGGGAUCACAGUUCCCGCCCGUCCAAGCAGUUCCCAACCAGCAACAGAUCCCACAGGUGCUCCAGCAGCAUCUAUCACGGGUACGACCCUCUGUAAACUAUUCACAGCCGCCAUUUCGGCAUCGCAACAGUGCCCCUUACCCGCAGGUAGGAGGGGGUGUGGGGAUGAGAAGGCAUCACCGAUCGUCAUCUAGCGUGGGGCCGGUCGGCUCUACUCGACAGCCUUCAGGCCGCAAUGGCGUCAACGGACACCGUCAGACUCGCCCCGCUCCCGCGAACAACGCGCACCAAUCCACUCCUCCUCAGCCUUCCAGCGAUCGCCAGCCCGGUCCCACCGUACAUCGAUCCCACCCGUGGAUUCCCCCAGACGACCGUGACCGACUAGAGCUGGCACGGCAAUUGCACAUGGCUCGCGUUCAAUCCAACGAGAUUCGACUCUACCAUGAGGCCAUCGCACAGAGCCAACGCCGCUACGAGACCCUCGACAUUAACGGCCAGUCUCCUUUACCCAAAAGUCUGGAUAGCAAGAAUGACGGUCGUCCGGAGCCCAAGGAAACGGACGACCUGACGGUCAACAUGGAAUGCAAGAUCUGUAUGAGCCAGCUGGUCGACACGGUGAUGCUGCCUUGCGGCCAUGCCAUCUUGUGUCGUUGGUGUGCGGAGCAGCAUAUGCCGUCCGGAGCGGACCGGACUCGUCCUAAGAGCAAGGCCCUGUGCCCUGUGUGCCGGGGACCGGUGAAAUACAAGGUAUAUAUCUGGCUUGGAGGUAUUGAGUAAUCUUGCUGACCAUCUUUACAGUUUCGAAUCUACCUCUCCUGAUAAUAAUACUCCAGCAACCGAGUAUUUCCUCUCAGCCUUCCGGUUCACUCGUGAUUUCAACGCCACGGGUUCCGGUCUGUUUCUACUAUCUUCAACUACGAUCUACUGGCUAGAUCUUGCGCUUAUGCUUUCUGAUCUGGGUAUCGUGCACAUAAUGAUCAGUGCCAGUACCAGCCUCAUAUCCGCCUUGCAGAGGUGCCAGGGUCCAGUGAAAUACACGGUAUGUUGAUCUGGCUCGCAAUUUAUUGACAGAUCUUUCUAA